GGAGCGUGCUAAAUCACAUGAGGUAUACUGGCGCUGGCAGCGGAGCGGCUUUCGCGACAGUGCGGACGGAGGCGCUGUGCAUCUUGGCCGCACAGUCUGUGGUCCAGCUUGCCUCUGGGGCGCCGAAACACGUGAAGGACAUCUCCGAGCUCCUCAGCGCCAAGCUCGCGCCCCGCAGGCUCGGCGGCUCGCUCUCCGCCGCGGCGCGGGUGGCGGCUGCGCUGUGCGUCACCGAGCUGGUGGGGAUGGAGGCGUACCUGGGGCAGACCGUGCCAAUCACGAGGGACCCGUUCCAGCUCUUCGUGCUCCUGAACGAGGGAACCUCCGACGAGGCCGCCGCGCUGACGCGGCUGGUGCUCGCCCUGGUCCGGCGACGGGGCCUGGCGCAGCUGCCGAUGUGGCUGCAGACGUUCAAGGAGGUGAUAUUGGCGCUGCCGAAGGGCUCGGGCCCGGUGCACACCAAGGAGGAGGCCGCCGCCGCGCAGGACAGGGCGGCGGAGGAGCACGACGCGCAUGACGAUGGCGCGGCAAUCGCGGGCGCCUCGACGAAUCCCAGCGCUGGUGCCGACGAGAACAGCCGGCCGCCGAGUGGUGCCACCAAGGCCUUCGCAGUGUCGUGCUUACAGACGCUUCUCGAGCAGGCGGACCCGGCGGACGCGAGCCACUUUCAGUGCGAGUUGUCUCCAGGCACUCCAUCCAGCAAGGCGGCCGCCGGAGAGCGCGACUGCAGGCUGGUGAACUAUCUAGAGAUUAUGGUGUCUCUUGCAGCGCACGCCUGUGGCUCCGACGAGCCCUCGCUGGCUGCUGCGGGGCUGAGACUGGCGCUGCUGAUCGUGAGCCGGUUCCGUCUUACCCGGGACGUGCAGGGCCAGACGGCCACAGAGGAUUGCCCGCUCCUCUUGGUGCAGUUCGAAGCGCAGAUGACCACUUGCAUCCGCCACAACAUGAGCCCUGGGUCAAAUCCCCGAGUUCAGGCCCUGGCGCUCGAGCUGCUGCGCGACAUGAUAGCCACCAGGGCCUGCAACUCGGUGCAGCCGCUGACCAUGAAGCUCAUGCAACCUUUCGGCAGCGCUGCCUUCGAGCCAGACGAGAAGUACUGCGAAUGCGCCUCGACGAAGACUUUCCUUUUCCGGCUGAGGAGCGCAUGCGAGGUCUUGGACAGUAGUUUCGAGGAGCCAACCAUCGGCGGGCACGUCAAAGACUUGGCCAGGUGGAUGGAGAGCGCGCUGCGCGACAGCGCCGUGCUGCUGGCAGGGCUGCCGCUGCCGAGUAUAAAGACCUACCAGCCCGCCUGCUUCUGCCUCGCGGACUACAAGGCGGUCCAGCCGUUUUUUCAGGAGACAUUGCCGCCGAUAUUGCGCGGGGUCUGCGUUCUGUGCAGGGACGCCAAGCUGCAAAGUGUGUCCUCCGACUUCGUCGCCCUGGCCCUGGGCAUCGUCGUGCUGCUGCUGGGCGAUGCGUCACGAGAGCGACCGGAGGCGGAGCUCAGGGUUUACGUCCGCUUGGUCAAGCAGGCUGCGCUUCACGCCGCGAUGCUAAGCCACAAGGACGCCGGGUGUGCAGGGCCAGAGGCUGGCCCAGGGUCGGUGGUCACAACCACUUAUCUCCUGGACAUGCUGCAGUGCCUGUGGCAACGGCUGUUCCGGGUGCCGGCCCGCUGCGCUGCGCUGCUGCCCGACCUCCUCGAGCUCCUGCACGCCCUGUCCGCCGCGAUGUUCCGGCACCGGCAGAAGCAGGAGGCGCCCGUCAUUGGCUUGCUGUCCGAAGUCAUGUGGCUCGACGGCCUCUGCCAGGACACCGAACAGGCCCAGGAGGCCUGGGGCACUGUGGGCGCUUACGCGCUGCACGCGGUGGCCGCGGCGCUGCGGAACCCAGAGGUGGCCGCCGACGCGGCCAGGGUGUCGCAGGCUUUGGAGGUCUUUGUGCUGUGGCUGGGCGACUCGCUGGCGGACGGCCCCGAGGCGUCCUGCGCCGAGAUCGGCACACACACACACACACACACUUACACACACACACACACACUUACACACACACACAAUCAAACACACACACACAAUAAAUCCUAGAUCUCACACGAUAUGGCUGUUUCGCUCCAGGCGUUUUUCCCCCGAUGUCGGUUUUCGUUGUUUUUUUUUGUUCGGGCCCCCGGGGGCCAGCAGAAACGGAUCUGGGGCCAAAAGUUUGCCUCGGGGAAGGGGUCGGGGCUUCCGGGGGCCGCUCCUUUCAAGGGACCCGUCGUCGGAUGUCUGGGAGAGUGGCCCUUCGCCAGAGUGACCUCUGGUGCGCGGUUUCCACGGGUGCGCGCGGGUGUCAGACCCGAGCGCACGGGCCACCACGUGUCGCAUCGCGCGCAACGACCGGCAAGCUACGCACAAUACGUCGCUCUUGCGCGAAGCCGACGAGGAAGAGGCAGCGGGCUCCGAGGACGACGAGGUCGUCGCGGCCGCGCUCGCAGGGGAGAGCGUGGCGGGCUUGCCCGGGUGUCGCGGGUGCGGCCGUCGCCACUGGCUGUGGCUGCUCUUUCUCUCCCCCUUCCCCGCCGAGCUGGUGCACGCGCAGCCGGCGGUCACGCUCAAGUUCUGGAAGAUGGUGUGCGGCCUGCUGUGCAAGCCUAGGCAGGGCGGCGGGCAGAGCGACAGGCAGCUGCUGCACCUGGCCCUCGUCGCGAGCAGGCUGUGCAGGGAGCUGCUCCCCGCCCUGGAUCGCGCGGAGGCGGCCCCCGAGGCGGAGGAGAGGCAUAUACUCUACCAGUUCGCGUUGCUGGUGCCCGCCGUCGCUUCCAUCUGCGCCGUGCUGCAGGGCGUCCAGGGUGGGGCUGACGGCCCCGCUGUUCCGCUGCGCCCGGGCGCAAAGGCCGCGGCGAGGCAGUGCCUGGGCAGAGUCGAGCUGGCCUUCUCCCGGGGCCUGCAGCACCAGAGCCCGAAGGUGGUGCAGACCGCCAUCUCCUCCGCGCAGGGCCUGCUCCAGAGCCCCGCCUGCGCGAUGCUCUGCCCUGGCAUCCUGCCAGGCCUGACCGCCGUCUUCGCGUCCCCGGGCGCCUCCGCCGCCGCCCUGGACGGCGCCUGGGGCGCCGUGUCGGCCAUGUUGGCGGCGCAGCAGGCGACCGGCGGGGCAACUUUCACGGGGGCGACCACGCGGAUGGUGCUGCACGUGGUGCUGGCGGUGCUGGACUGCAGCAGCCAGCAGCCUGGGAGCUUCGGUGCCCACACCGAGGCCAUGGCGCGCUGCCUCGUGCAGGUGGCGCGCACGGACGCGCAAGGCGUGAGGGCCGCGGUGGCCGCGAUGGCCCCGGAGAGGCAGGCCACGAUACAGCAGCUCAUGAGGAACCACAUGUCUACUGCGGGCGCCAGAGGCGCCGGUGCGUCCAGCGCUGCCGCCUCCGCGGGCCCGGGCGCCGCGUCGAAGAUCUCACUGAAGCUCAAGUUUUAACAAAGCGGCCCUGCUAAAGUCGUUCGCCGUCGUCCUCGUCGCCCGCCUCCCCCCCCGCCCCCACACUCCUCCCUCUUCCC